ACUCACUUUUUUGGGUAUAAUGUUACAGGGGCAUUCCCCAGGGGCCGUGUGCUUGUGCGGGAAUUUCCCUACGCAACACCGCGGUGAUAAAACCGCGCUAAUUUUGAAUUUAGGGCGUCCUUCGAACUAGACAACAAGGAUGGAGGCUUCUGCAGGUCACGAAGAGCGGGUACGGGAGCUAGAGAGGGAGCUGGACUCCCUGCGAGCUCGUGUGGAGGAGAAGGGUAACACGGUGGUACGGGCGGCAGAGCUGGUCAGGCGCUCCUGAGAUCGAGAGAGAACGAGGCUCUGGAAGAGAGACUGAACCAAGUCAACAAGGAGGCCACUCUGAAAAUAGAGGCAAGGGAUAUCCUCCGACUGUUGUAUCUGAUCCUGUCUGGUCCCCUGGCAGGAGCUGGAGCAGGAGAGGUUCUCCUUGCAGCAGAAGAUGGAGUGCCAGAAGGCGACGUUGCAGGCGGUACAACACGAGGCAGAGUCUGCCAAGGCUGACCUCCGACAAGAGUUUGAGAUGAGGGAGGAGCACCUCAAACAGGGCCACUCCAAGAAGGUGACUGAGACGGAGCUACUGCUGUUUGACCUGAGAGGGGAGAACGAGAGAUUGGAGACCCAGGUCAAGUCUGCCAGAGACAAGGCCGCAGGGCUGGAGGAGAGACUCAGAGAGAUGGCCGAACAGGCAGAUAGUGCCGCGGAGUCCUUUCACCUCCAGCCAUCUCUAUCCGUUUUUCAUCUCAGAUAACCCUGCCUCUUACAAACCAAGAAUUACACCAGCAGAUUUUGCAGAUUUCCCGUCGCCAGAACUGAUAGACCUGCUGGAGUUGGUUGGCAUGGACCUGCGAGCACAGUGGAAGGAUGUCGGGACCAAACUAGGCAUUCCUCAGCCAGAUCUGGAGGCUUACGAUGAAGACUAUCGGGGAAAUUCCCUGCGGUGUAUCACUAAAGUGUUCAACACGUGGCACGAUGGGAUAACCAGCGAGUAUUCGUGGAGACAACUGGCUAAAACAAUGUGCUCGCCAAUUGUGAACAAAGGUGGACUUCUUCCAGCAUUACACGAUGAAUUGAAAAAGAAGUACAUGUAAAUAAUUCAAUUUCGCGCACUGAAAAUGG